GUGAACUUGGUCCGCUGAAUCCGUUCAUAGAUAGAAUUUUAAUUCAAAAUAAUUGUUUAACAAAAUAAACAUUGACUGUUUAUUGAUCAAUAAUUGCAGCCGGUUUGAAAUCUCACGAAACUAAUUAAACAAGUUGAUGCUUGAAAAUGCGUAAGAGUUUGGCACCGAGUCAAAGCACAGCGCUUUCUCCGUUAAAUUCCGCAUUCAAAAGUCCGAUUUCGAUGUGUCAUAAAAGAACAAGAGAAUGUCGAGAGCGAUCUAAAAAACAUUCUAAGGAUGCCGAGCCUCCCCCACCAAAAUUAUUGGCCACCGAAUACGAAUUGAUGAUUUUGAAAAUUCUUACCCGGCCGUUCAAAAUUCCGAUUCCGAAUUAUGUACCAGAACAUACGACGCGAUGUUUGGGUAUGAAACGACCACCGGCGAGAAGGGCGCUUCAUGACCCAUUUGCCUGCAAUGCCCUAGUAUUGUACACACCGGAAGAUCUUUCAGAACACGACAAGCUGAAGAUGGACCAAAAUAAGAUCCAAGUUCACGUUGUCGUUGAUCCGCUACUUGGAAAUAUUCUUCGACCACAUCAACGCGAAGGAGUCAAAUUUAUGUAUGAAUGUGUUACUGGGAAGCGAGGGGACUUCCAGGGAUGCAUUAUGGCUGAUGAAAUGGGACUUGGAAAGACAUUACAAUGCAUCACGCUUCUGUGGACUUUACUUCGACAAAGUCCUGACUGUAAGCCUACAAUAAGCAAAGCAAUUAUUGUCUGUCCAAGUUCGUUAGUCAAAAACUGGUAUAAGGAAUUCGGAAAAUGGCUGGGGUGUCGCGUGAAUUGCCUAGCGAUGGACGGAGGUUCGAAAGAACACACUACCAAAGAGCUGGAACAGUUCAUGGCCAACCAAAGUAUGCGACAUGGAACCCCUGUGUUGAUUAUUAGCUACGAAACGUUUCGACUUUAUGUUCACAUUUUAAACAAUUCUGAGGUAGGAGCGGUUCUCUGUGACGAAGGACAUCGGUUGAAGAAUUGUGAGAAUCUCACCUACCAAGCGCUAAUGGGAUUGAAAACCAAACGAAGAGUUUUACUAUCCGGAACACCUAUACAGAAUGAUUUGACCGAGUAUUAUAGUCUUUUACAUUUUGUCAACCCUGGAAUGCUGGGUACCACAGUUGAAUUUCGGCGUCAGUUUGAGAAUCCCAUUCUCCGUGGCCAAGAUGCAAAUUCAACGGAAGAUGAGCGCAAAAAGGCAGCAGAACGUCUGCAGGAGCUGGCAUCUCUUGUCAAUCGUUGUAUGAUUCGUAGGACAAGUUCGUUACUGACCAAGUAUUUGCCAGUCAAGUUUGAAAUGGUGAUUUGUGUGAAAAUGACCGAGAUACAGAACGAACUGUACAAGGGCUUUCUACAGUCGGAUUCCAUUCGAAAAAGUGUGCUAGAGAAGAGUGAGGUAAAGGCCAGUCUAACGGCUUUGUCGAAUAUCACCUCACUCAAGAAACUUUGUAACCACCCGGAUUUAGUAUACGAUAAGAUCCAAGAACGGGCAGAUGGCUUUGAAAAAGCACACAAAAUUCUACCAAGUAACUACAGUGCUCGGGAUCUGCGACCGGAGUUUGGUGGUAAACUGAUGUUGUUGGAUUGUAUGUUGGCCAGUUUGAAAAUGAACACCAACGAUAAAAUUGUUCUAGUUUCGAACUAUACGCAAACCUUGGAUUUGUUCGAAAAGCUGUGUCGAAAGCGAAGCUACGGCUAUGUUCGAUUAGACGGAACUAUGACAAUCAAAAAACGUGGAAAAGUCGUUGAUGAAUUCAACAAACCAGAUUCAAAAGAAUUCAUCUUUAUGCUCAGUUCAAAGGCUGGUGGUUGCGGUUUAAAUUUGAUAGGCGCCAACCGUCUGGUAAUGUUCGAUCCAGACUGGAAUCCGGCAAACGAUGAACAAGCGAUGGCUCGGGUUUGGCGAGAUGGACAGAAAAAACCUUGCUUCAUUUAUCGGUUAUUGGCGACUGGAACAAUAGAGGAGAAGAUCUUCCAACGUCAAACACAUAAGAAAGCUUUGUCCAAUACGGUGGUGGACAACGAUGAAGAUGGCGAGCGUCACUUCACGCAAGAUGAUCUAAAAGAUCUAUUCCGAAUGGAUGAGUCCACUCUUUCCGAUACACAUACAAUAUUCAAAUGCAAACGAUGUCUGAACAAUAACCAGGUCAAACUACCGCCAGAAGACAGCGAUUGUACGUCCGACUUGAUGCACUGGUAUCACUGCUCCAAUAAUAAAGGCAUCCCGGAUGAAAUUCUAUCCAAGUGCUGGGAUAUUACCAAGUGCGUUUCGUUCGUAUUUCACCACCGUUCUAACAGUGCCGUUGUGGAACAGCAAAUCGCAGAACAGAAACGAGCUGAAGCACUGAAGGCAAAAGAAGAUGAAAAGAAUGGAGCAGAUGCCAAGACGUUAGACGAAGAAGACGAGGAGAAAGAAAAUGAGGAUUCCCUUUCCGAUGAUGAUCGAGAUGAAGAUUUUGUUCCUUAAGAUGUUGGUUCUGAUAAAAUUAUUCGUUGAAAA